ACCACGGCGUCCCUGUUGCCCACGGGCUCUGCCGCCCUCCGCCCCACCCGUCGCGUCCCUGCCGCCCACGGGCUCCGCCCCGACCGCCGCGUCCCCGGCCGCCGCCAAGCGCCUUCCACGCCGCCCUCGGGCUCAUCCCCGACCACCGCGUCCCUGCUGCCCACGGGCUCCGCCCCCGCCAGCGCCGCCAUCCCCGCUGCCGAGCGCCGUCUGCGAAGAUUAUCCCAGUCCAAUUAGUGGUCCAUCAAAAACGUGUGAGCCCCACUAGCUUCCUCCAGCAAAAUGAUUUGCCGCUCCAUCGAAUUUAAUGGCUUCUAUCGGCUGGAUGCGAAGAGCCGCUCUAUCGAAUUUAAUGGCUUCCAUCUGCUGGAUGCUGUACUACAACCCAUAUAUGAGACCCCUUCCAUGAGCUCUUCUCAUCCAAUUGUUGGCGUUGCCUAUACGCCUCCUGGUGUUUGCCGGAUGUGACGAAAUUCCCCCGCUUCUUCCGAGCAUUCAUAAGUUUUUGGCUCAUCUAUCUUGACCCUUAUAUCUUUCAUUUGGUAGUGUUUUACGUGUAUUUCGUCAUUGCAGCCAUUGUUUGGGUGAAGAAAAUCGCUGCAUCAUGUGGUUGAUUCCAUCCAACAAGGCCGCUUCCAAGGAAAACUAGAAGCUACUUCAAGUUCAGCAACCAAAAUAUACAUUACUUGGAUAUACCAGAGAUUACCCAAUAGAGAAACAGAUAUAAAUGGGAAAUUCCAACUCUACAGCAACGACUACCUCAAGUUGUGCAUUUAUAUCCAAUUCAAGCAGCAGGCAAACUGCACAAAUUUGAUGAAAUAUCUGCAUUGCCAAUUUCAUCUUUCAGCAGAACAGAGUUCAGAGCUCCCGAAUCGCGUUUUUUUUUUCGUCGGCGAGGAGAGCCUACGGCUUUUUGGUAGGAAACGCAGACACUACCGGCUGGGCCUUUAACCAGUUCUUCUGGCCGGCCGAAUGCACAAGACAUUCAGUAUCAAACUGGCCCAUCCAGAAGCCCAAAAACUCCACAGGCCCAGAGUCAACUUCAAAUUACAGCCCGCUUUGCCGUCUUUACAAGGGCGAGUCGAUCUGAACCCUGAACUGCGGCCUCCUCCGUUUCGAAAUUCCAUUUCAAAUCGCGCUCCGCUUCUUCUCCCUUCCCCUCUCGGCUCUUUCCAUUUCCAACGACUCCCUCUCGGGAUCCAGCACCAAUUCCCAAACCCUCGACGGCGGCGGCGGCGCAAGCUUGACGCGCUCGCGGUGCGAUUUUCUCAGCGCCAUGGGCUGUUUCCUCUCCUGCUUCCGCGCACGACCCGACCCCUCCGGCGGCGGUCUCCAGGAUCCGCUCGUGCGUGAGAGCCGGCUCGGGGACGCCUUCCUCAACGACGACGACGACGCUGCGAAGCUUGAAGCGGGCAGAGCCACCUUGAAGGAGGAUUUGGGGAAUGGCGGGGACGUCGACGAGGAGCUCAGGCGAGAGGCAAAUUAUCUCAAAUCCUGUGGCACAAUAUCAGAAACCCCUCCAGAAAUUCUGGAAGUUUCAAAGCAAAUCAACUCAGAAGAUAGUAAUGAGUGCUGCGAAAUGUCCAACAUCGGGCAGGAGAUUAAAGAGGAAAUUGCAUCUGAAGAUAAAGAAUGCUUACCCGAAGAGUUCAGUUGUGAUGGGCAUGGUAUUUUGAAGCAUGAUGAGAGCACUGAUGAAGGUGCUGACCAUGUUAUUGGAGUUCAAUCAGUGCCUCGGCCACCAUUGCAGGACAAGUCUUCAUGCCAGAACAUCAUGAACCAGAAGCUUGAUUCUAUUGAUUCACCUUUCCCUACCCCUUUGGUUAUCAGAGGUGACAUUCAGACUCCUGGAACAGUUUAUACUGCACACCAGGGAAAUUUCAAGUCUGGAAAGCGUGGGAGGACCAACAGACAAUUCAUCUAUCCAGUUCUAAGACCUGUUGAGAACAAACUGCAGUGGCUGGAACUAAAAGAUGAGUCUUCUCCUCUGCCGUCAUCUAAUCCUCCAAAAAGAAGAUACCUGUGUCCAGAUUCUACCGAGAAACCUGAGGAAACUUAUCCAACCUCAGUGACCAACACAGAGCUGCCAUAUUCUGCACCUUUUUCAUUUCAAGCCAGCAACAAAGAGCAAGCCGAAGAAGUGACAUCUCCAGAGGAACCCAAGGAUCAGAAUGGUAACCAGCAGCUGUUAGAUGGUGUCUCAGGAGAGCUACUGAAAAACAGCUCUGACAACGGAAAGCAUGGCGUAGCAAGCCUCUCUUGCUGGAUCAAGACUUCAUCUGCAGACGGCGAGUUUCAAAAUGGAAACGGCAGCAACAUGGGAAAGCAACCAGGCUUCGAGGGGAUCGGUGCUACCAUGGAUGUGCCGAUCUUUGUAGCUUCUGGGCUGAACUGGGACAUUGACAACCCUACUCCCUUGUUGCCCAAGGCGGCGUGGGAUGGUAAUGGGAUCCCAAACACAACAACCAAGUACAAAGAGGACCAGAGAGUGAGUUGGCAUGCCACGCCGUUCGAGGAGAGGCUGUUGAAGGUUUUGUCAGAUGAGAAACCACACCAUCAAAGGAAACUCAGCGGGAAGCUGAUCCACCUCGAGGAAGACGCCGAGAGCCUCGCAGCUGCAGCUGCUUCAUCCCCAUGAUCGACAGUCUGAAAGAACCUCGCUGUCCGUCUCGAACCAAUCCAUACAUAAUAGGCGUCGUCGUGAACUGAAGCUUUUGUUAAUUUUGCGCCUCAACGAGACUAUGCUCCGUCAGAAGACAUGGUACGGAUAGCUGCGCGCUGGGACCAUGCGAACAUCACCUGCUGAUUGAUUGGUGCUGGGUUAUACUUAUAUCAAUAAAAGAAAGAAAGAAAAUAUGCGUCUCUUAAUCGCCUUUGCUGCUGUGAUGUAAUAUUACUUGGGUCUGCGCCGAGGAAACACAACGGUGGUUGCGGCUUAAAGUGCAGUAAUAAGAAUGUCUCGUAGUACCGUCUUGCACAGACAGAA